CCAAGAAGCCUCAGCAAUUACACUUGCCAAAGCGGUUUCAUUUGGCCAACAGGCUUCGCUUUCAAUAUUCACGAUCCUAAAUGCGAACUCACCUAUUUCGCUAACGGGUUUCGAGCAUCUGUCGCUCGGCGUGUUGGGAUUGGGAAUUUCUUUAACUUCUGAGCGCCAGGCAGCAGUUUUUCCUGUUGUACCGGCGUUUUCAGCGCAUCCACGCAGCGGAUUUACAAAGCUACAUUGCGCGGAGCCCGAGAUAAGAUUCAGCACCACGGACAGAGACUGAACACCCAGGGGAUCCUGGACUGCGACCCACCGACAACUGGAGUCAUCGAGCCCAGCUAGAGCAAGGGAGAAUGCAGCUUAAAGCAGCCAGUGACUGUGGACGAUAUUCUUUUUCUACACAGCAAACUUCAAAGCAAGGCCUACAUAUCAGCUUUGGAGAAGCAGGCACGUGGCACAAGGAAGGAUGGAUCUUCAGCCCAGAGGAAGAGCUUCCCUACAGGGAAGCCAGCAUCAGACGCAAGGCCUCAUGGGCCGUUGACCUGCUGUCUCCUUGAUUUAUGGCGACUGGGGGCUUCUGGCCACUGCCUACUCCUCUCCCUUCUCUCCUCCAUUUCCUUCCUCACACACUGCAGGACCACAAGACGCCACACACACUGCGCAAUCGGCUCUAUGAGUAUCGGAAGAGGGAUUUCUUAUCCAUGCAAAACUGCCAAACACACCUAUCUACAUUUUCUGAUACCGUCUCGUCGAAAAAUAAACACCUCCAUAAACAUUACAACACUGCAGCACCUUGUCCCAUGAUACCAUCACAGGUCAAUGAAGGCAAGCCAGCUGUAGGAGCAUCCCUCAUUUGACUGUGUGCGGAUUACAAUCAGUCAUGGUGAGUUGGGUGUAGAGCCCUUUGCUGUAACUGCUGCUGGGAGGCUGGGCUGGAUCAAUGGAAGUGCGCUGACUGACAAGAGUAGGCUCCUGUUUUCAAUUGGCCUGAGAGGAUUCAACAGCCAGCAUCUCUUCACACAAAACUCUCCCUUCAAAAGGAAACCAUUCUCUAUGGAAAACUUUGCCACUCAUUAAAAGUGGUGUUUUAUCUUUACCCCUGCUUUUAGGACAUUUGCUUUAGUCAGAGCACCUUAAAUCCCUCUAUUUUCCAGCCUUUUAGGCUUGGAGGCCCACAGUGCGCCUCAACUUCUACUUUAAUUUUUUACUUUUGAAUAUUGCAGAUUUAAAGGGAGUGCCAAUUAGUGCCCUCAUCAUGGUUUUGCCACCCCCAGAUAAACGCCACGUGUGCCUGACAACCAUUGUCAUCAUGACGAGCAUGGCCUUCAUGGAUGCCUACCUGGUUGAACAAAACCAGGGUCCCAGGAAGAUUGGUGUGUGCAUUAUAGUGUUGGUAGGGGACGUUUGCUUCCUCAUUGUGCUACGUUAUGUAGCGGUGUGGGUUGGGGCCGAGGUGCGCACGGCCCGACGUGGAUAUGCCAUGAUCUUGUGGUUUCUCUACAUCUUUGUCCUUGAGAUAAAACUCUACUUUGUCUUCCAGAAUUGCAAGGCUGACAGGAAGAGUCUUGAAACAGUGGCACGAAAAGCUUUGACUUUGCUGUUAUCCGUGUGUGUGCCAGGUUUGUAUUUGGUUCUUGUGGCUUUGGAUAGCAUGGAAUAUGUGAGAACUUUCCGGAAAAAGGAGGACAUGAGAAGUCGACUAUUCUGGGUUGCUCUGGACCUGCUAGAUCUGCUCGACAUCCAAGCCAAUCUGUGGGAGCCCCAGCGGACAGGUCUGCCCAUAUGGGCUGAAGGCCUGAUGUUCUUCUACUGCUACAUUCUGCUGCUCAUCCUGCCCUGCGUGUCCCUCAGCGAGAUCAGCAUGCAGGGUGAGCACAUGUCGCCCCAGAAGAUGAUGCUGUACCCGGUCCUCAGCCUAGUCACAAUAAAUGUGGUCACCAUCCUCAUACGUGGAGUCAACAUGGUGCUGUUCCAAGACAGCCGCGUCUCUACUAUCUUCGUCGGCAAGAAUGUGGUGGCAAUCGCCACCAAGGCUUCCACUUUCUUGGAGUACCGCAAACAGGUAAAGGAGUUUCCCCACCCACAAAACGCCAUGGCGUUGGAGCUACAGCAGAACUCCGUCAGCCACACGCAGACGCUGCCUAAUGCAACAAGUCUGCCACACGAACCUUCACCGGCACAGGACGUUAUAGACACAUGACCGCCAGCACCGGAUUUUGCCCCAAUAGAUACAGACUGAAUGCUUCAGAAGAAAGAGAGAGAAGGAUAAAAUGCUGGUCCUCUGCAGAUCAACUGCAGUGAAUCAACAAUGGAGAUUUUUAGCAUCACCUGCCUGUCAGAAGAUUCUGUAAACCUUCACUUGACUCUAAGUGCAGUGUGCAGACUAAAUCAAAAAUCUUUUUGUUUUUAAUUGUGCUGUCGUGUUUUUAAUUGUCUAACAUAUUUUAAAAGUAUAAACUUUACUAAGAUGAUAUCUGCAGACUGUGCAGCCCCAUGGCAUUGUGUUCUGUGAAAUGAACAGUUGGUUUCCUUUCAGUGAGUAGGUUGUAAUUUUUUUUUUCUUUUUAUGUCACUUUUUUGAUGGUGCAUCAGUGGCAUUUCCUUUAGAUUCUAGCAGGAAAUGACAAAGCACUGAGUACGAAGCAGAGAUGGAGAAAAGGAGCAGAGUGACAAAAAAAAUGAGCUGUGAUGCUCUCUCUGCAGCCUGCCGGAGCAAGGUCGGUGGCUUUCUGCAUUUUAUUCUGCAGAAAACAAACCUGAGCUUUGUAAAGGCUACCAUUGUGGUGCUUUAGUCACAGGUCUGAUAAAAGCAGCUGCAUACAACAACAUAGCACCAAAUCCAUUUAACAGAGCAGGAGUUUUGGGUUGUGUUGGAGUCCAUGCAGUUAUGCAAGUCUAUUUGAAAUGCACUGGAAGUGUAAGUUGUUAGGGAGCUAAGCAGAAGGUGGUUGAUGGGCGUUAUCUUCUGCAAAACAAAUGAGAUAUGUUGAUUUUAAAACAAGAACAAACUGAGAGAGUUUAAGAUUGUUUUUGUUUGUUUUGUUGUUUUAUUCUGUACUGUACAUUCCUCCAAAAAUGUAUUUCCAGUCCUGAAGGCUGAGUAAGUCGUACUCAGAGAAAGAAGAGAAAAAAUUAAUUUAAACAAUAUAAAUUAAAAAACUGAAGAUGUUUUUUCAGUUUAUUAUUAUUAUCAUUAUUAUCAUAUGUACAUUCUUUACUUG